ACAUUGUCUUGUCGGAACUCUCUUUCUCUCUCUCUCUCUCUCUCUCUCUCUCUCUUGUUCGUACACAUUGUGAUUGUCGUCUGAAAAACCACCUGAAAUGGAGCAAAUCCAGCACAAGUACAUAACCGUACAAGGCCUGAAGCUCCACGUCGCCGACAUCGGAACAGGUUCCGAUGUGGUCGUGUUCCUGCACGGUUUCCCGGAAAUUUGGUACUCGUGGCGGCACCAGAUGGUUGCGGCGGCCAACGCCGGCUUCCGGGCCAUCGCUCCCGACUACCGCGGAUACGGACUAUCCGACCCUCCUCCCCAAUCCGAGAAGACCUCGUACCGUGACCUCACCAGUGACAUCCUUGGAAUUCUCGAUUCCCUUGCUAUUCCCAAGGCUUUCCUAAUUGCAAAAGAUUUUGGAGUUGGGGUAGCGACAUUAUUUUCUCUUCUGCACCCCGAGAGGGUCGUAGGCGUUGUAACAAUAGGAUUGCCAAUCAUGCCACCAGGCCCUCGUAAAACGGGCAACUACCUCCCAGAAGGUUUCUACAUUUCAAGAUGGCAGGUGAACCCUGGACGUGCAGAGGCUGAUUUUGGGCGCCUUAAUGCGAAAACAGUUGUUCGGAAUGUUUACAUCCUUUUUUCCAGAAGCGAAAUACCAAUAGCUGCAGAAGACCAGGAGAUCAUGGACCUAGUGGAUCCAUCUACGCCUCUUCCCCUUUGGUUCAGUGAGGAAGAUCUUGCCGCAUAUGGAGCUUUGUAUGAGAAAUCGGGUUUCCGAACUGCGCUGCAAGUUCCAUACAGGGCAAUUAGAGAAGAGUCCUCUGUAGCAGAUCCAAUAGUUAAAGCUCCGGCGCUUUUUAUAAUGGGAGGCAAGGAUUAUGUUAACAAAUUUCCAGGGAUAGAGGAUUACAUAAACAGUGGAAAGAUCAAAGAGUUUGUCCCCGAUUUGGAGAUUGUAUUUCUUCCCGAAGGAACGCAUUUUGUUCAAGAACAGUCGCCUGAAGAGGUCAAUCAGCUGAUCCUCACCUUCCUCGGAAAGCACAUUUGAAACGCUAAUGCUUUGCUCGAAGAUUGCCAGUGACGAAGUGAGAUCUGUCCCUUGGAAAUAAACUUGUGAUAUGAAACUGCCAAUAGUGUAGCGGUGACGAAUCUUAUGCAGAAGGCUAACUCUGUAA